AUGAGUCUUACCUGGGACAUCCGCACUGUGCUUGCAUCAGAGGCUGCCCCUGUCUCUGCCGAUGACUCGGAUGGGAAGGCCGCUUCGGACGCCGAAGCACCUCUCAAGAGGCUGGAGCCCAUCGAUAUCUGGAACUACUUGAUCAGUCUGAGCCAGGAUGGAUCGGGGUCCAAGUCCGACUCGGAAACGGAUUAUACCAAGCUGCGGCAUUACAAAGCCACUGACUUCAACCAGGGCUGGGAUGGAGUAGCGAAAUAUGCUGGCGACGGCGCUUCGUACAGCGUCGACAAAUGCACUCUCAACCAGAUGCUAGACGGGAAACCCGUUGUUGUGGCCGUCAAGAAGCUCAAAAUCUUCCAGGAGCACAGUUACCGCGACGAAGCCGAAGCCAACUCGGCUGCUCACCAACGCUCCGUGGCCACAGUUCUGAAGGAGCUCCGCAUCCUCACGCAUCCGCCCCUGCAAGGUCAUCUCAACAUCGUCUCUCUGCUCGGUUAUCGAUCUGAAUUUGCGUCCGGGCCCUCAAGCUCUCUGUACAGCACCAAUGUCUCUCUCGUCGCCGAGUUUGCUCCCUUCGGGACCCUGAGGGAUUUCUGCCAGAGCUUGUCUCCUGACAAGAAGCUCGACCUCCUCACCAAAGCCCACCUCAUGCAUGACAUUGCGAGCGGCAUCGAGGCUCUCCACAAGUGCGCCAUAGCCCACGGGGAUGUCAAGAUGGAGAACACGCUUGUCUUUGAGGGCUAUGGCCGGCCCUAUCUUGCCAAGUUGUCCGACUUUGGCCACUCGCUCGUCGAUCUCCACACGCCCAAGGGGGAGAGUCAGGUCUACCUGGGUACACCGAUCUUCAAUGCCCCAGAAAUACGAUCUAGGAGUCAUUUCGUCCCGAUGGAGCCGGAAUCACUGUUCAAGUGCGACAUCUACUCGUUUGGCCUUCUCUGCUGGGAGUUGGUCUUGGGAGGCGUGCGAUAUUACAAGACUCUCGGUGAGUUGGUAGGCACCGAGGACAUCACGGCGGCCGUGUCUCGACUCAGCACCCUACCAAAGGAUGAGCUGCUGUUCCGGAGCAUACAUGGGAGCGAAGACGCCUCGCUUGUCCAAAUCAUCGUAAACCGCGUUCUCCAGGCAUGUCUGAAGGACGAACCGAACGAUCGUGAGGACAUAUACACAAUUGUUAAAUAUUUCCGUCAGCAGCAGGCUUUCAGCAAUAAGCUCUGGAUGUUAGUGCUCCGGUCCAUAUCCCUGCCUUCUACUAACCACCAUCCUAGGCGGCAAAUAGGCUUCUCUUCCACCCAAGACAAAGACAAGCCGUGGGCCGCUCCCCUGAAACCAUUUUUCGGGACUGACAGGCCAUCCGUAGCAACGUUGGCAAUCCCACAGAUGCCGCUUGUGGUGCAAACUGAUCUGGUUGACCAACUCCGCUCUGCAGUCGAAACGUCAACAUCGAAGGUUGACAAGAGACGGUCCCUAUUCGACCUCGCCACGUGCCAUCUGUCUGGUAUUGGGACAGAGAAUGUUGAUAUCCCCAAGGCACUGGGGCUUCUCGCCGAGGCCGCACAGCUGGGUAGUUAUCAGGCUCUCACCCUCGUCUUUCGACUGCAUGUGGCUCUCCUGGGCGAAGUGCCCCCAGAGUUGUGGGAGAUCAAACACCCCAUCACCAGGCUCGAGAGUUCUCUGUCCCAGCUUGACAGCCGAGUGUACUUUCCCGAGCGGCUUCGGGGGCAUGAAAAAAUGCAGCAAGCGGAUGCGCUAAACCGCAUAUUUGACACACGACAGAAGGGCGAGACAAUUCUCCAAGGGGUUCAUCUCCAAGAUGCACACGGCAGAUUGCAAGGAUUUCAAGGGCUGUGCGCUGAGGACCUCGAAUGCAUUUCAAAUCUGGAGGAAGACGACUCGGACAUGCCCCAGAUUCAAGGGAAUUUACUGGUCACUGCAGCCCGUCUGGGUUUACUGCCGCUGGUCGAGUUUUUACUUGCCCGUCGAGUAGCAGAUAAGGCUUUGAGCGAAGAUAUACUCACGGCAGCUUGUCGCGGCGGUCAUAUCGACAUGCUCCGACUGCUACUCAGCAAUGGAGUCUCGCUAUCAGCAGACAACGACCCGCGGGCCACGCCACUGCACUGGCUCGGGGGAUUCUCACCGGGCGAGACUGGCGUCGCUCUCGAACUUCUGCUCUCCGUACCAGGAGGCCAGGAAUGCCUGCUACAAAGCACUCCCGAUCCUGGAAUCCAGAUAGGUGACUGCCUGGUCUCAGGCACACCGCUAGAAAUCGCCAUCGCGACCAAUAACACCCCCCUCGUCCAAGCUUUCCUCGCGAUAAACCUCGCCGAUAUAAACCCCCAAGACCACCCCAAGUCCAUCGGCUGGACCACCAGCACCUACCCACUCGCCGUCGCCCUCAACCUCCACCACCUCCUCCCCUUGCUCUUCGACUCGGAAAAAACCUACCGCUCCUCCCUCUGGACCACCCCCUCCUUCCCACCCCUCAACCUCUUCGACCUCAUCCACCCACACGACCCCCUCCUUCCCCUCCUAAUCCAUAGCCACACCCUCCCCACUGCCCUCUCCUACACCAUCACCUUCAUCAUGUCCAUCGGCACCACCACCCUCAACUUCCCAUCCCCCUCCGUCACCACCCCCUCUCCCACGCCGUUCGCCACGCUCCCUGCCGCUUCUCCCUCGAGCCCAUCCCAUCCCUCAUCUCCCUCGGCGCGCGCUUUAGCCCCGCCGAAGAAGCCGAAACCCUGUCCCUCACCUCCACCAUCCUCAAGCGCCGCGACGCCGCCGCCCCAUCCAUCAUCUCCCACCUCCUCUUAA